UUCGCCCGCCCUGUUUAACUACGUGCUUGGUUGUGAGUUCCCCCUGUGGAGAGCGUCGAGAACAACGGAGCUGACAGCGGCACCUCCAGUCAAGGGGAAGAUGGAGACCAGGGAUUCUGACUUCAAUAUACUCUUAGCCACUGAUUCGUACAAGGUCACGCACUAUAAACAGUACCCACCCAACACUAGUAAAGUGUACUCCUACUUCGAAUGCCGUGAGAAGAAGACGGAUCCGACCAAAGCCCGGAGGGUUAAAUAUGAAAAGACGGUCUUCUACGGCUUGCAGUACAUUCUUCACAAAUAUUUAAAAGGGAAGGUCGUCACUCCCGAGAAGAUUCGGGAGGCACGGGAGGUGUACCGAGAACACUUCCAAGAUGACGUGUUCAAUGAGAAAGGCUGGAACUACAUACUGGAGAAGUAUGAUGGCCAUCUGCCCAUUGAGAUCAAGGCUGUGCCGGAGGGAAGUGUGAUUCCGCGUGGAAAUGUCCUCUUCACCGUGGAAAGCACAGAUCCUGAGUGCUACUGGCUUACCAACUGGGUGGAGACUAUCCUGGUUCAGAUCUGGUAUCCCAUCACGGUCGCAACCAACUCCCGUGAGCAGAAGAAGAUCCUGGCCAAGCAUCUCAUGGAAACAUCAGGAACUUUGGAGGGACUGGAAUACAAGCUACAUGACUUUGGCUACAGAGGAGUUUCAUCACAAGAGACUGCAGGCAUCGGCGCCUCGGCACACUUGGUAAACUUCAAAGGAACAGACACGGUGGCUGGGAUUGGAGUUGUUAAAAAGUACUAUGGCACAAAAGACCCAGUGCCUGGAUUUUCAGUUCCAGCUGCAGAACACAGCACAAUCACAGCAUGGGGUAAAGACCACGAGAAAGACGCCUUUGAGCACAUUGUGAAGCAGUUCCCCUCGGUGCCCGUGUCCAUAGUCAGCGACAGCUAUGACAUCUACAACGCCUGUGAGAAGAUCUGGGGUGAGGAUCUGAGGGAGCUGGUGGAGAAACGGAGUGCGGAUGCUCCUCUGGUAGUGCGGCCAGACUCCGGGAAUCCUCUAGACACUGUACUGAAGGUCUUGGAGAUUUUAGGCAAGAAAUUUAUUCCUGUUGAGAACUCCAAAGGCUACAAGGUGCUUCCUCCCUACAUUCGGGUCAUUCAGGGUGACGGUGUGGACAUCAAUACGCUGCAGGAGAUAGUGGAGGGGAUGAAGGAGCACAGGUGGAGCAUCGAAAACAUCGCGUUCGGAUCAGGAGGCGCACUUCUGCAGAAACUCACCCGAGAUCUUCUUAACUGCUCCUUCAAGUGCAGCUACGUGGUGACAAAUGGAUUGGGGGUAAACGUCUUCAAAGACCCUGUAGCAGACCCCAACAAGAGGUCAAAGAAGGGUCGCCUGUCUCUGCACAUGACGCAGAGUGGAGAUUAUGUGACCCUAGAGGAGGGGAAGGGUGAGCUGGAGGAGUAUGGAGAGGAUCUGCUGCACACAGUCUUCCAUAACGGGAAGAUCGUAAAGACGUACACCUUUGACGAGGUCAGAGACAAUGCCCGGCUCAAGCAGAGUGAAGUCGAGGAGCUGCUUCACUGAGAGGCCAAAGCUUCUUUCCUCCUGUCCAAACACACACACUCCUCCUUCCCCUUUCCUCCUUCUUAAAAACCCUUAACUCCACAAGGUUGGAGAUGUUUAAAAACCCCAGCACUGAUAAAGAAAAUGAGAGAAUGUAACAGAUGGAGAAUAAAAGAGGGGAAGUGAGAGAGCGAGAGUAAAGAAAAGAGAGGAAGAAACUCUCACUCUACCCUGUGUUCUGUGUAUGCAGCUGUUUUUCGGUUUGUAGUCUCUAUAACGUGUCCUUUUAACGUUGGGGGAAAAUAAUCUAAAAUAAAAGACGAGAUUUAAAUUGGCCGUUUCUCGUCUCCAUGCAUGAGCUCUCCGCUUCCUGCACGCCCGACCCAACACGUCAAGGGCUUUGAUAACUGGUGUGUUGGGAGCGGGGAAGCUGUGCAGAGAUUCGGGUCAGCGGAGCUGCAGAACUGGACAUGAGAAACUUUCAAUUUAAACUCUUUUAAUGAGGUAAUUGUACAUGACCAAAUGGUUGAGGCUUUGCUAUUUUCUCAGAUGUUUGUGGGAGACCAUAUUCUAAAAAAAACUGUAGAUUUCUUUUCAUGUGCUUGAUUGACUGGAGAGAGAGAUUUGUGAAACGUUGCUGAAUGUGAACACCAUGUAUACGGACCAGGUCUUUUCUUUUUAAUGCUGUUCCUUUAUGCAAUCGAGAUGGCUAAUUCGAAGGGAUGCACUUUUCCGAUUUAGAUUUUUUUGGCCUUAUUCAUCUUAGGUAAAUUUCCCUUCCUUUAGAGGAAACUAUCCAAAUACAUUGUUAGAUGUGAAAUCAUGUUGUAGGAAUCUUCUCUAGUGUAAACACUGUAAAGUAGCUGUGUCUUGUAAUGGGGGGGGGAAGAAAAAAACAAACAAAAAACAACCUUUUUUUGUACAAGUACAAAUGUCACUUGCCUAUGUUUUCUAUGAUGUAGAGAACAAAAAAAAAUAUGUCGGUUUUAUUAUUUAAUGAGGAUCAUUUUAGAACAGCUUGGCUUCAGUAUUUUGUAUACUAACUGUUCAUUCAAUCUCCAUAAUCAUUAUUUUUUAUGACUGAAGUAAAUAUUGUCACAAUACUCACCGUAAAUAUCCAUACAUGAUAUGAUAUGUGGCCAAAAUGCCUUCUCUCUUGUAUAUAAUAAUUGUUUAUUUAAAGAGAGCUGGUUGCUUAGAGGAAAUAGAAGUAUAUUGUUCUUAUUUUUGUCUAAUUCCCAUUUUAUACCAGGCGAAGAAUCCAUUUAUUUGCUGAGUUUCAUUAUGGCUGAAUUUGUUCAGUCAGCCUUUGGGGUUUGUGAGUGUGUGUGUGUGUGAGAGAGAGUGUGUGUGUUUGGUCUUGUGGCUCUAGAUGUAGUUUAUGAUGCCUGCUCAUUUUAAUUUGUCUGAUAGAUUUAUGUAUAUGUUGGGUGUCCCAGUUUUUGGUUUGUUUUUGUUUUUUUGUCAUUGAACCUCUUUGGUUCUCUAUUUUAAGUGACUCUGGCAGUUACUAAAUUGUCAGCACAUUAAAAUCCCACCCUCUCUCUUUGC